CCAGCCACGAAAGCAGCAGCCUUCCAAGGCAGCCAAAGGUGCCUGGCAGCGUCCAGCCACUCUCCCGCCCGCCCUUCGCUCCUGCCGUGCGGAUCAGGCCUGUCUUUGGCAGGAAGCGGGCUUUGGAAAGCUGCACGCAUUCCUGACGUGAGGGUUCUUCCUGCUCUAGCUAUUCUCUCUGGAAGGGAAGCACAGCAUGGCUGAGCACGAGGGGACUCUGGGACCACCACAAAGAGGGGGAGGGGGGAGGAGGAGGAGGGAGAGAAGCUCGCCCCUGCACAACCCCCCCGCCCCCCCAGAUGUCUUAUAAAAUCGCAACGGACCAUCUCCGAAGUCCUCAGAGCAAAACCGGGAGGGGCAAAAGGAGGGCCCGCGCCCUCGGGCUGAGAGUCAUUCCUCUACACGGGCACCUCAGGGGCGCAAGGAAGGAAAGGCAGGAGCGUCGUCUGGGGAGCCGGCCACUCCUCCCUCUCAGAAGCUGAAAGGGCCACAACUAUGGGACAAGGCGAGGGCAAACGGGGUGGGGAGGUCGCAGCGCUCCUCCAGAGCGCCGUCCAGCCUGCGCUGCUACUUUCUUGUGCCCUCCUGCUGUACUUCUGGGUGCGCAAGGGCUCCGCGGCUCCGGGCAAGCAUCUCCCCGGCCCUGUCGGAUGGCCGCUGCUCGGCAACGUCCUGCAGCUGGGUCGCCUGCCGCACCUCACCUUUUGCGAGCUGGCGAGGCGCUACGGCGACGUCUUCCAGCUCCGCCUGGGCUUGCGCUCCGUCGUAGUGCUCAACGGCGAGGCAACCAUCCGGCAGGCGCUGGUGCAGCAGGGCGGGCCCUUCGCGGGCAGACCCGAUUUCCCCUCUUUCCAUAUGGUCUCCGAGGGGAAGAGCUUGGCUUUCGGGCGCUACACGGAGCGCUGGCGAGCGCAGCGGCAGGUUGCGCACGCCACGCUGCGCGCCUUCUCGACGGCCAACGCGCCCAGCAAGCGGCUCUUCGAGCAGCACGUGGCGGCCGAGGCGCAGGAGCUCAUCGACGAGCUUGUGAAGCUGAGUGAGGGCGGCGCUUACGCCAACCCUCUGCCGCUGCUCACCGUGGCCAACGCCAACGUGAUGUGCGCCCUUUGCUUCGGGCAGCGCUACGGCCACGCCGAUGGCGAGUUCCGCGCGCUGCUGGGCAGGAACGACCGCUUCGGGCAGACGGUGGCGGCUGGCAGCCUGGUGGACGUGCUGCCCUGGCUGCUGUCCUUUCCCAACCCGGUGCGCAGCGUCUUCCGCGACUUCCAGGCUAUCAACCGGGAGAUGUUCGAGUUCGUGCGCGCCAAGGUGGCGCAGCAUCGGCUUACUUUCCAGCCCGGGGCCCCUCCCCGUCACAUUAGCGACGCCAUCCUGGGCCGCAUGGAGCACGGCCCAGGCGGGAAAGAAGGGCCCCUCGGAGACUAUGUGGAAAGUACGCUGACCGAUCUCUUCGGCGCCGGUCAGGAUACCACCUCCACUGCUCUAGCCUGGGUGCUACUGCUGCUUCUCAAACAUCCGCGGCUGCGAGAGCAGUUGCAGGCGGACCUGGACCGCGUGGUGGGUCGCGAGCGGCUUCCGACGACCGACGAUCGCGCCUCCCUGCCCCGCCUGGAAGCCUUCCUCUAUGAGACGCUGCGCUACAGCAGCUUCGUUCCGGUCACCAUCCCGCACGCCACCACCGCCGACGUGCUCCUGGACGGCUUCCGCAUCCCCGAGGGCACCGUGGUCUUCGUCAACCAAUGGUCUGUCAACCACGAUCGGGUCCGCUGGAAAGACCCGCACGUUUUUGACCCGACGCGGUUCCUGGACGUCCGGCAGGAGACUCUCGACCGGGACCUCGCUUGCCGCGUCCUGAUAUUCUCGCUGGGCAAGAGGCGCUGCAUCGGGGAUCAGCUCGCGAAGCUGCAGCUCUUCCUCUUCACUGCCAUCCUUUUGCACCAGUGCGACCUGACGGCCAACCCAGCCGAAAAGAUCAGCAUGGACUGCGAGCACGGGCUGGUUCUCAGGCCCCUGCCCUACACCUUGUCGGUGGUCAGGCGAGGCACUUCCCGGGCCGAGGACAGGAGCCGGUAGGACACCGACGUCGCCCGCCCUUCUUAGCGCCAGCGCGACCUGCCUUGCAGAUCCAUCUUUAACUGUGGAGCAAGCGCCGCGGCAGGUGGGACAGGCGAAGAGCUCCCUCUCCUUGACUUCCACUUCUGAAGUCAGCGUCUUUCCCUAUUUCUGUGCCUUUACCAGCAGCGGGAACUCAGACAUACAUAGGAAGUCCUGUAGCGCAGGAAGUUUCAGUUGCUCUUGAAGGUGCAGCACCAAACUAGUCUCGUUUCCCCCUCCUCUCAAUUAACUUGCAGGGCGAUCAAAGCAGCUGAACCGGUGUCCCAUUCUCUGUACCCUAAAAAAGCCUUCUCAAUCUGGUGCCCAGUUGCUGUGCUCAACUGCAACUGCCUUAUGCUCAGCCAAGGUGACCAGUUGCUAAAAUAUAGUAGAUCGGAGAAAGUGUUGAUCUGCAUCUCCAUCGGAAUGUAUCCGGUAUUUUGGCUUCGCAAAUUCAGUAUUUUGGCUUCGCAAAUUCAAUACCAUAUAUAUGAGCAUUGUUACCCCGUUUUAAGAGAUGUCGGAAGUGCCUAUUUUAUUACUUUCUGCAGCAGGGCUGUUGUAGUGCUUUUUUUCCCACCAUAUUAUUUCUGUCAGGUUGGUUGUCACCUAAGAGUCUGGUGUGUGUGUGUCUGUGAAGGGUCCUGUGAUGUGAUGAACUACUUCAAUGGGAAGCACUUAUGGUGGAAGUAACAUGCAGGGAGUUUGUGGUUGACCACAUUGACAAUAAAUGUAUUUAGUUAUAUACAUGGGCAAGAAGCCACAAUUGGCAGGGAUUGCUCAACCUACCUUCCUUCCUUCCUCCCUCCCUCCCUCCCUCCCCCCUUCUUUCUUUCUUUCUUUCUUUCUUUCUUUCUUUCUUUCUUUCUUUCUUUCUUUCUUUCUUUCUUUCUUUCUCUUUUUUACAUACUAUGAUUGUGCAGUGAUCCAGAUUUGAAGAAGAAAUGAUUCAGCUGAUAACUUCUUGAAGAAGCUGUGUUGUUCUUGGGCUCACAUAGCAAUAGAAGAAAAAAAAACCGCUUUACUUAAGGGGUCCACAGGUGGUGCUACUUACAUGCCCACAUCCACUUGGAAUCACCUUUUCCCCUUCAAAUCUGUAUUUCUUUACAGACUUUGCCUAGAGAAGGUGCAGGUCUUCUUGUCACAAUUUGCACACUUUUAUGCCUUCAUGGUGAGUAAUUGUUAGAUCUGGAACAGUUUUAAAUUACGAUGAUGAAGAAAAAGCAACAGACUCCACCCAAAGAAAUCAGAAGCAUCUCUGCAGAGCACUUUACCUUCAUGCACCGGAAGGCUGCAGAGCAAGACCUGUUUUCUGUUAACCGCUUGUACCUUGAAAUGCAGCCCAGUAUUACCCGAUAUUUAAUAAACAAACUUUUAUUGGAAAUUAGACAUCCAAGCUAUUUCAACAUGAAAAUAGUCUCAUGACACAUAUUUUCAUUACUUCUAUUCCUUAUGUGUUUCUCGCUCUGAAAAAUAAGUUACUAUGCAUUUGUGACUAUCUGGCAAAAGAAAAGUUUCAGAAUUCAAAGUUAGCUGCCAUAAUAGAGCACAACAGUACGCAGGGGGAAGGAAUCAAAAGACAAUUUUGAGGUGUCAGAUCAGUAUUAAGUAGAGGCCGUUUGGCUUUUUACACUACAACAAUCCUAUGCUGUGUUUUUAUCUGCUGUUCUGGUUUUAUGUGUGAGAUGCACAGUGUUGAUUUGACCUGGGUGGCAUAUAAGUCAAACUAAUAAACAAAUAAACAAUCCGUCAUUUCAGCCCAUCCAGUAAGAUGUGACAGAGUGGGCAUGCUCCAAGUUCCACUGUUAACAAUGUCAUCUGACGGGACAUGACAGGCAUGUCUUCUCUGUUGUGGUUCCUGUCCUGACAUCAUUUAAACAGGCCUUGAAGACCUGUUUUUUCCCCUUCCAAGUACUAUACUCGAAAGUAUAUCCUCUAUGGGAAUUAUAUUAAUGAGUUGGUUUAUUAAUCUCUGAAUUACUGCCUUUUUUUGUAUUGUAUUGUUUGUUUCUAUCUUGUACACUACCCAGAAUCACUACGAAUUGAGGGACUUGUAAAUUUGAUUAAUAAAUAAAUAAAGUUGUAGACAAUU